AUGAUGCUACGAGCCUCGAAUACACCGUACAGACACGCUCUACUUCAGCGCACACCGCUUCGAGCGCCGCGUCCACUCCUCGCUCUUCCUCAUCCGCGUCCUCGACUCGCCUCGACCAACACACCCGCACAACAGUCUCGCGCGACCUGGCUCGCACCCUACAUGGCCCGGUUGCGCCAGUCAUACCCGCACGUCGACCCGCCUUCCCUUCUCAUCUCCUUCGUCAUCCUGCAUGAACUCACAGCCCUCGUACCGCUCGUCGGCCUCUUUGCGCUGCUCAAGUGGCUAGGCGUAGGUGGGGCAAUCGUGGCGAGGGUCGUCGACGAAACGAGCGAGGCGGAAGGGGAGCGAUCAGGCUGGAGAACGACGGCGAAAGAGUGGUUGGUCGAGUCGGAGAAGAAGGCUGAGCGGGUUGGGCGGCGGUAUGGCUGGUUCGGCUGGGCGAAGGAGACGCAAGAAGAGAGAGAGGAGCGGCGCGCAAGGGAGAAGGACGCACAGGUGGGCGAUGCGAUGCUUCAAGACGUCUCGCCAGAACGGUUGCGAGUGUCGGGAGACGUGGCGAACGCGGCAGCGUCUUACCUGCUCGUAAAGGCCCUCCUCCCGCUUCGAAUCCUCGUCUCCCUCCGCCUGUCCCCAUCGCUCGCCAAUGUGAUCGUCAAGAACUUUCGAAGCUUGCGGGAACGGGGGAGGAAGUAUGUGCGUGCUGGAGAAGGAACGGCCCCGUUGGACAAGCGAUGA